AUGGCGGCCAACGAUCAGCAAUCCGACAUGCUGGAAGCGCUGCAAGAGAUUCAGCGCACUCAAGCCCUGCUCGUGAAUGCCGUCGAGUCACUCUCUGGUAGAUCGAUCGACGAAGCUACUGAAGAUCAUGCCAAGAACAACGUUCUCGAUAUGGGUUCUAGCGAGGAUGCCAAUGAGGGUGAAACACCUUCAGUAGAAGUUCCUAUUGCUUCAGGAGACAAAUUGAAAGCUCCCGCGACCCCUACCGCUGUUCAGCGCCAGCAAGGUUUCACUUCGCGCAUCAUCUUAACGACUUACCCAAAACAGAUUGGAAUUAACCCUUUGCCUAUGGACUGGGGCAACUCAGACCCUGUUAAGCGUGGCCCAAUCGUAGUUUCAAGGGCUGCUACUACUAUCCGACGUCGUAAUGGUUCUGGUGGUUCUUACUCUAUCUACUAUGCGCUUGCAGUCGCCAGCAAGGAACUGGACAGCGAUCAUCGACCCGACUUCACCAACACCGAGCCGGCUGCCAACAUUGGCCCCUUUCCUCAAUGGGGAGACCACAAGAAGAUUGUCGCGAUGGACCCUUGGGGACAUCUAGCUCCAUGGCUAUUCAAGGACACAAUUGAGAAGGACAAUGUUGACAUUCGACCCACCAUUGCCAUCACUAAGGCUCAUAUGAAGCUGCCAGAACUUGCUGAGAGUGUCAAGGCUGGGCGACUGGUGCCCGAUGGCAAAGUGUGCCUGAACGAUCAGGGUGAAUUGGCUGUCACCAAGUUUGCGGUCGAGCCGGUCUGGUAUCUGCCUGGUGUGGCGGAACGAUUUGGUAUCGAUGAGGCCACUCUUCGGCGUUCGCUGUUCGAACACACUGGCGGAAGUUACCCAGAGCUCAUUACUCGUGGAGACAUUAAAGUCUUCCUCCCACCUAUCGGUGGUCUCACUGUGUACUGUUUCGGAGACCCUGCAAAGAUGUCGGACGAGUCGGUUCGAUUGUCUCUGCGAAUCCACGACGAGUGCAACGGUAGCGACGUAUUCGGAUCCGAUAUUUGCACCUGCCGACCGUACCUCAUCUUUGGUAUCGAGGAGGCCGUUAAAGAGGCACAGAAUGGUGGCAGCGGUGUUGUCAUCUACUUCAGAAAGGAAGGACGAGCCUUGGGAGAGGUCACCAAGUAUUGUAAGGAUAAAAUGCGACGUGCAUUGGUCUACAACGCCCGUAAACGAGGAGCUGAUCGCGCAUCCGACUACUUCAAGAGGACCGAGAACAUUGCUGGUGUCAAAGACAUGCGAUUCCAGGCUCUCAUGCCAGACAUUCUGCACUGGCUGGGCAUCAAGAAGAUUGAUAGGAUGCUUAGUAUGAGCAACAUGAAGCAUGAUGCGAUUGUCGGACAAGGAAUCCCGAUUCACGAGCGAGUCGAGCUCCCUGAAGAGCUUAUUCCAGCCGAUUCUCGAGUCGAGAUUGACGCCAAGAUUACAGCAGGCUACUUCACCACUGGUAAACGUAUGACAACCGAAGAGCUGCAGGCGGUCCAAGGAAGAAUAUGGGAAGACUUCGACCAUUAA